AUGAGCGGCGCGCAACCUCGCUCGAGAGUGUCGUCAUCCACCAUCUCGGUAGAGAGACUGACCCCAAAACUCCAGCCCGCAAUCGACGGGUUAGCUAGCUGCUGCCAUAACCUUCCAGGGUCGAUUGAAGAAGCAUCCGAAGCCACCGAACAUAUCCUUCUCAUACACCAUACGCUUAUCGACGACCACCAACCCCAAGAGGCAAAGAGCCUCUUUCGUCAGCUCAGAGGGUUCGAACAUGUCUUAGGACUACUAGAACGUUUGGCAGAUCUAUACAAACCAGACACGAUAGGGGAUGCAGACGGGAAGCUACUUCUGUCAAUUAUUAAAGAUUCCCUAUGCAUCGUUGCGGAAAGCUUGAAAGAUGAUCCGGGAAACAAACGAUAUUUCGGCAAACGGGAUAAUGUGGCUGGAAUCAUCGCGUAUGAACGCAUCCUCUCAGGCCUGGCUGUCAAACUGAAUAACACCCAGGAUGUCGAACUCCUUUAUGGCGGCCUGUUGGCAGCUGGUCUGGGAAAUGAAACAAUGUCACAAUUCUUCUCAACUGUCAGGAAGAAGGCAGAGGACGCUGAGUCAAACACUUUGCUUUCGCUCUCCGAGCUGGUUAACCGCAGUCUGGGAACUGGGGAGGUAGUAGAAAACCCAGAAUUUUUCGGGCCGUUAUUGCGAUUAUGGCUGGCACAAACUGCUGAACAAGAGACCUAUCCAAUUCUUCGACUCUCGGUUCCACUAUGUCUUACUCGUCUUGCUUCAUUGUCCCAACGGAAUUGUCUAGCUCUCCAUUCCACAGGCAUUCUCUCUCCGCUCUUAACCCUUGUAACAGUACCUGAAAGAUCAAAGGAUGAGCUAGAAGCAUACUUGAAACUGGCCACAAUUUUAUGCCAGCAUGGCGUUAACUCCCUGCAGGAUGCUAUACAACUCUACCAAAAGGCCCAAAAGGCACCCCAAGUUUCCAGGUUCCUAUUAGAUGCAUUGAAGUCUUCAAAAAGCCCUCCCUGUGUGCACUUUGACCUUUCAUCCCAUGGAUAUAGCUCGAUCGAAUUGCCAACUUUGGGGAGACCAUUUCCCUCUAUUACCUCUAGUGGUUAUACUCUAACCAUCUGGGCACGAGUUGACAAAUUUGAACCAGACACCCAUACUACCCUGUUUGGUGCCUAUGAUGCUACACAGACAUGCUUCCUUUUAGUCUAUCUUGAGAAGGAUACUCAUAACCUUAUUUUGCAAACCUCAAUUAAGGGUGUGAGACCCAGUGUUCGUUUCAAGGCCAUGAAAUUCCUGCCUGGUCAAUGGUACCAUAUUUGCAUUGUGCAUAAACGGCCCAAAACGCUGUCUUUAUCCCGUGCACUUCUUUUCGUAAAUGGUGAAUUUGCAGAACAGCUCAAAGCGGAUUACCCGGUUGUACCAAGACUUCGGGUGAACCAGAAGAAUCCUCAGAUUCAAGCAUUUUUAGGAACUCCUCGGGAUCUCGCUGUUAGAGUUGGGAAAGGCGUAUCUUCCUCGAAAUGGUCACUGGCCUCUGCCAUUCUAUUUGAUGAAGCUUUCAAUGAUGACCUUAUUGCUGUGCUUUGUCAUCUUGGGCCUAGAUAUUAUGGGAACUUCCAGGAUUGUCUAGGCUCCUUUCAGACGUACAGGGCGUCUGCUACCUUGAAUUUACGCAAUGAGAGUCUCCAUGCUGGCAAGGAGGACCAGUCAGACAUUGUUUCCGUCAUUAGACAGAAAGGCAGCAUUUUGAUUCCCGAAAGCUCUGUCCUGCUCAAUAUAUCACCCACCUCAGUUAUGGAUGAUGAUGAUACCAAUAACAUUGAUGAAUCACAGUUGGUGAAAUCACUCUCAAAAACUGCUGGCAAGAAUUUAACUCAACUCACCAAGGUCAAGGGCAAUUCUAUUGUCAUCAAUGGAGCCGUUCCCGCAAUUAAUGAAGCUCUAACACAACCUCAUGGAGUUGCAAUACUCACGGGAGAUCCGGUGGUCAUUGUCCCGCAAUCUCUAGAUGAUGUGAGUUGGCGAAUUGGUGGGUGUGCAGGCGUCCAUCUCAGUUUGGUUGAGGCGGCAACAACCCGCGAAUCGCUUCAUCUUGCUCUAGAACUGCUCUUUGAAGCUGUACAGGACAACUGGAGAAACAGUGAAGCCAUGGAAAAGGAGAAUGGAUACGGUAUACUCGCCAUGCUCCUGCGGGAAAAACUUGGGUUUCCAUCGCCUGUGCAGAGUUCUCCUUUAAAAACAACUCCAGUGUGCAGCACUACACAAGAACGCAACGAGGCGUCUAUGGAGCUUCUACUACCAAUCCUCAGAUUUGUAGGGUAUGAUUUUGAGAACCCGAAAAAGUCUUUAAUCAUAAAUCCAUUGGCAUACAGGAUCCUAUUAAUAGACCUGGAUAUAUGGAGGCAAGCUGAUUUGCCAUUGCUGGAAAUAUACUAUUCCCAGUUCCGAACUUUUUGCGUGGAGAGUCAUUACCACAGGUUCAACUCAAAGCGGCUGUCCAGAAUGCGUGUGAUCAAAAGGCUUAUAGAAGCCCUGAAAGCGGAAAUUUUCACAACAGCAACUUUGAAACUAUUCGUGGCAGCAUUUAAGAGCUUAGUGGGUGCUUGUAUGACUGCGGAAGUUCUUCGUUCUGUAUCGCUGUUCAUUACAUUUUCCAUACACUCAGCAAAGCAGCGAGUGAACAAAACCAACAAAAAUAGAAAUACCCGUCUUGACAUACGGUCCCGACGAACAGGAAAUUUAUACCCUGAUCAUGUCCCAGGCUAUGUUUCAAAGGAACAAAUUGGGGUGGAAAUUUUGCGGGUGUUCACCGACGUCUUUUGUAACAGCGAAGAUACGGCCAGCAUCCAAAAAUUUGCCAGGACAGUCACUAAUAAGUGGCUAUUAUACCUCCUAUCAGAAGACAACCCAGAUGUAGUGAUAUUAGUCACGAUGAUUUUAUCUCGGCUGUUUAUUGUUCAUGGCACUGCUUACACCAAAAAAUUUGCCGAGAAGGCGGGUGGGUUCGUGGUGAUGCGGCACCGACUCAAAAGGUGGUGGAACUUAGCACCAUUAUGGCCACUAUGUUUCUCCAUCCUCUUUGGUCUGGAUCCGGGCUCGAUUAACUUGGAUAAAACUUCCGGUACCUCGGAUCUUCAGCGACUCUUGUCUUCCCCUGAGGCCCUCAAAGUGUCGUUUCCAGAGGUUCUGCCUGUUAUUACAGGAAUGCUCCAGCUUGGCUUGAAAGCAUCUGUGAUGCCUAGGAGUGGUUCUCCGUCCAGCCAUGCAGAGGAUGAUGAUGGCGUCACCCCGGGGCCUGUAUCAUCGGACCACGACAUUUUAAAAUCCGUUGUGGAUUUCCUGGCUCAUAUACAUGAAAAGUCUCAAAACUUUCGGGAUUUUACAGUGACAUCCAAUUAUGUAGAAGAACUCCUGCGAGCUUUAUACCCUGUAGUAGUUGGCUCUGAUAUAGUCAAUGCAGGUUUUGAGCUAGAGUCCAAUUCAGAAGGACUACGAUUUGGUGGGGAUUCGGUUACAAUUCAACCACUCCAGGGGCCUAGACCGAUUGUACGCACUAGUACAGUUGAGGGGACAGAUGCUCAAGAUAACGACAAUGAGCUUCACCGAUCGUCAUCAUUUAUCCUGGUAUCAUCAAAUAAAUCAAAAUAUUCCCCUUCUCCCGCCCGAUUGCAACAAAUUGUGACGCCUGUGCCUGAUGCAGCAAGCCCCCGUCCAAGCAAUCCUGUGGCCAACGAUAUCCUUGAUAUCCUUUUAGCCGUUUACACAGAUCAGCUGUUCGGACGCAAAGAGUUUCCAGGAUUGCAGUUGUUUGCCAGGAUACCUCCCGGGUUUGUAGAGCAUCAGAUAUAUUUCGAGUCCUGGAUUCUUAAAAACCUCCUUACACAUUUAGAAAAAAAGAUAUCGAAGGACAAGAAAGUGCUAACUGAACCUCGCGUUUUGAACAAUUUGUCUCGACUACUGUCAUACGUGGCUGAAGCCGUGUAUGGAGGAUGGUUUAUUGAUGGAGCAAUGGCUACGUUGAACUUUAUCGGCCCUGUUCUGGAAUACUUACAAGAGCCAGAUAUUGCUUCUUUGAAAAGCGUCCGGCUUUGCAGCCAAACGAUUGCUGGCAUCCGUUCGACGGUAUUUCGGACUGUACUCCUACGACUUUCUGCAGCUGAAGGAGAAAACGCAUACACCUUCCUACAACAGCUCACAUACUGGCAAACAGUCCUUUUGUCUCAUGAAGAGUCUCCCAACGAGCAACUCCAACUAAUAUAUUAUUUAUUAUACUCUAAAAUAGUGACGGAGAAAGAAAAUGUUCGCGUGGCAGCAGCAGGGUUGUGGAGAAUUACCCUCGUUCAAAAACCGUCAGAAACCUCUGCAAUUCUUGGUCAGGCUACUCCAUCGCUCCAUAGGCGGCUUUCAUUAGGCUUCCAAAAACUCGUUGGAAUGGACGAUGAUAGCUUUCUUCACUGGAUCGAUGACCAACGCGACGACCUUGAUUGCUUUUUCUUCGGUGCUCUGUGUAAAGGCUGGGAAAGCUUUGUUCGUGAUGAGAACACCAAAACUCAGGAAACGGCGCGGAUAAGAGCAUCUAAAAGGAAGGAAAAGUUAAAGCAGUGGACCCAGACUGAGUCUAUAAACGAAGAGAUCCUGCGUAAACAUGGCAUUACGUUUGGGCAUUGGACAGCCAAUAUAUCCGUGUCGGAAGGUUUGAAGCAUCAGCGAGCAGUCCAAGACCAACAGGAUGAUUUCAAUUUCAUGGCUUCUGCUUUUUCCCGGAUGUACACGAAUUUGAGGCGUGAGAAUGGCUUCCUCGCAACUCAAUCAAAGCAUAACUGGCGCCUGGACCAGACAGAGGGACGCAGCAGAAUGCGUUUACGUGUAACACCAGACGAUUCAACUGCCAAACGGGAUUAUCAGCCAAAAAGAAAAAUCACUAAUGAUACUCCUGAAAUCAAAUUGGAUAUUCGCACACGCCCUGCGCCCAAUAGUGAUAUGAUUAAUCUGUCACCUCCCACGAUUGUGCCCGACUCCGUUGACACGGAUUCUCUUGAUAACGAAACUGAAGAUAAAUCUGCCACUGAGGAUAGCUUUGAGCUGAUAGACGAACCAACGGGAAACGACCCUUAUGAAGAUAAGAAUCGGAAAGUGAUGAAAAAUCUCCAACGAGGCGAUCAAGUGCAAUAUGUUUGCAACAUCUCCCGCAUUAUUGGGCUUGAAGCUUGUGAAGGCCUGUUGAUAUUGGGAAAAAUCAGCCUUUAUAUAAUGGAUAAUUUUUUCCAGCGCUCUGACUGUGAGAUCGUCCAUGUGUCGCAAGCGCAUCCUGAUGAAAGAGAUCCUUAUGUUCGCGUCAUUUCUGGCAGAGAAUCUGAUGAUCGGAAACACAAUAACGGCGCCCAUAGAUCCAGAAGCUGGAUUUGGGCGGACGUCGUCAGUGUGUCGAAGCGCCAAUUUCUCUUCCGCGAUGUUGCCUUGGAAAUAUUCUUCUCUGAUGGGCGGAGCUACCUGUUUACUCUUAUAUCUGCCAAGCUACGCAACGAGCUCUAUAAUGAGCUGAUAUCCCGUGCACCCCAAAUACAUAGCAGUACUAGCUCAACAGAAGACUCAUGGCGCUUUGAGACUUUACGCAGUGAAGGGAAUAACUCACAGUUCUUUGGAUCAAAGCUUGUGAACGUCUUCAGCCAGAUGCCUUCCCACCCGGCAACACGAAAGUGGCUGAAGGGCGAGAUGUCAAACUUUCAUUAUCUGAUGCUUGUUAAUACGCUCGCAGGCCGAACCUUCAAUGAUUUGACUCAAUACCCUGUAUUUCCGUGGAUUCUUGCUGAUUAUACCAGUGAAGAGCUCGAUCUUACAAACCCAAGAACCUUCCGUGACCUUUCGAAACCAAUGGGAUGUCAAACGAUAACACGCGAAGCAGAUUUCAGGAGCAGAUACCAAUCUUUUGCAGAAAUGGGAGACGAAAAUGCUCCACCCUUUCACUAUGGGACACACUACUCUUCUGCCAUGAUCGUGUGUUCAUACCUGAUACGACUCCAGCCAUUUGUCAAAUCCUAUCUCCUCUUGCAGGGCGGAACGUUUGAUCAUGCCGACCGCCUGUUUUUCUCAAUCCCUGAUGCGUGGAACUCGGCAUCACGACUUAAUAUGACCGAUGUUCGAGAGUUAAUCCCGGAGUUUUUCUACCUGCCAGAGUUCCUCUCAAACUCCAACAACUAUGACUUUGGGAUACGGCAGAGCACAGGCCAAUCUAUUGAUUCUGUGGAGCUUCCUCCAUGGGCAAAAGGAGACCCAAAGAUCUUUAUAGCUAAACAUCGCGAGGCGCUUGAAAGCCCGUUUGUCACCCGCAAUCUACAUCAGUGGAUUGACUUGAUCUUUGGUGCCAAACAACGAGGUGAAGCGGCUCUGGAAGCCGUCAAUGUUUUCCACCAUUUGUCUUAUCGUGGCGCCAAAGAUCUUGAUAGCAUUGAAGAUCCCAUGGAGAGAUUAGCAACCAUAGGAAUCAUCCAUAAUUUUGGCCAAACCCCUCACCAAGUUUUCCAUAAGCAUCAUCCAGGGCGGGAAGAAAUCCAAAACAAGCCCAUUCGCCUGGACUCUUCUGCAGACUCAUUAACCCGUUUACCAUUUACCCUGCUAGAUAUUCAAGAACGAGUGGCUUCCCUAUCUUUCUCGGUGAAACAAGACCGCCUUCUUUGUGCAGCAGCAUUUCGACUCAACAUCCCCCCAACCUAUGAUAAGUAUAUGGAGUGGGGGUUCUCAGAUGGAAGCGUCCGUUUUUAUGCGGCCGAGUCAAGAAAGUUAAUUGGCCAUUUCGAGCAUGUCCAUAUCGGCCAACUCUCUUGUGCUAUUUUUGCCGAUUCCCAGACCUUGAUUACUGCUGGCACCGAUUGCACCAUAGCUGUUUGGUCAUUCACAUCGACAUCUCGAUCCGUUGACCUCCUGCCAAAAGCCUCUCUCUUUGGCCAUCGGUCACCAGUCACCGUCCUUGCUGUUUCACGGUCAUUUAGCACAAUUUUAUCUGCUUCUAAAGAUGGUCAAGUCAUGCUGUGGGAUCUAAACCGACUCGAGUUUUUGAGAGAGUUAUCAACUGGCCCGCCAGUUAGCUCAGAUGAUAACGUCCUCUCCUGUGCUUUCUAUGAAGGGGUUGGCAAUGAGUGGUUAGAGCGUGAAUUAUUUUUUACUGGCCAUCGGAAAGGACUGGUGAACGUAAGUGACCGAUUCGGCGCACACUUUCUUCCAUAUUUUGCUGAUCUAGCUACUAAUUGUGGAUAA